AUGAAUCAAGGGCCUGUAAAGGCCUGUACCUACAAGGACUUUUCCAAUGCAAGACCCCGCACUUUCAACGGGACUGGAGGAGUCAUAGCUUUGAAACGAUGGAUUGAGAAGGUUGAGUUGGUGUUCGAGAUAUGCGAAUGUCCGGAAGGGAGUAAAGUCAAAUUCACGACCUGCACAUUCAUCGACCAGGCAUUGUCAUGGUGGAACGGUCACAUUGAAGCCAUGACACUCCCUGUUGCUAACUCCAUGUCCUUGGAAGAACUCAAGGAGAUGUUAAUCGCCGAGUACUGUCCCCGAGGGGAGGUACAAAAACUCGAGCAAGAACUGUGCAACCUUACAGUGCAGAACUCGGACAUUGACGUCUACAUCUCGAGGUUUAAUGAACUCGUGCUUUUGUAUCCUGGUAUGAUUACGUCUGAGGGAAAUAAAGUCGAACGAUUCAUCUGGGGAUUGACGCCUCCCAUUCAAGGUAAUGUGAUUGCCUCGAAACCCGAGACCUAUGACAGUGCAAAGCGCCUAGCCAAGAAGCUUUAUGAUCACGACGACAAGAAAAGUACCAAAGCAACCGAGGGAGAAAGCAAACAAGAAGGAGGGAACAAGAAGAACUGGGAUAACAAGCGAAAAGGGCGACAGAAUUCAGGGCCUUCCAAGAAACCAAAGACCAUAGCAGUCCAUUCUGCUACCACACCAGCCGCACCAGCUCCACCCGCCCCAGCCUCAACCACAACAGCGCCAGCCAAGUCAUACGCGGGUUCCAAUCCCAAAUGUGACAAGUGUAAUUACCACCACUUCGGGGCAUGCAAGGACUUCCAAUGCACCAACUGCAAUCGAAAAGGACACACUGUCCGAUAUUGCAAGAUGCCCCCACAACAAAACAAGCAGCCCAAUGACAACAAUGCCGGAGCCAGCCGUGCAUGUUACGGAUGCGGAGAAACCGGCCAUUUUAAACACAACUGCCCCAAGAAUGACAAUCAGAACGCAGGAAGGGUCCUAUCCAUGGGGCAAGGAGAGGCAGUGCAAGAUCCAACUGUAGUGAGUGGUACGUUUCCCCUCAACAACUCUUAUGCGUGCAUUUUAUUUAAUAGUGGUGCUAAGCAAAGCUUCGUAAGUCACGGAUUCAAACACCUACUCGAUCAAAAUCCCUGCAAAUUGAUCGAAACUUUUACGGUCUAA